AUGUCGUAUAAUUUUGUUUCAAGUAUAUUUAAUCAUACAAGUAAUAAAGAGCCAAUCGCAAUUCCUCGAUCGAAGCUAAAUACGUAUUUACCACCUUUGAUUACAUCUACACAAGCAAAUAUUUUAUUAGUCUCAAACAAAAUCUUCAAAAACGUUGAUAAAAAUACGUAUAACUAUAUGACAAUAGCAAAAUCUCUUUCUUCGCCCGUAACUUUUGUUUUCGAUCGACUUAAUGAUGAUGAAAUCGAAGCAAAAGAAAGAGAAUUAGAUGAUCGAUUGAAACAAGAUGAUGAACAAGCAUUAAGGAAUGCUAAUCAGUUAUGUGAAGAACAAGAUAAUGUUUCUACGAAACAACAAGCAAAAACAAAGUCGAAGAAGAAAAGUUCGACGAACAACAAACAAAUGAAGAACGAUGUAAUGUUUACACCAGAACUUCUUUCAUCGUCAAUGAACUUCAUUUCAUCUCCUUCACAUAUAACAACAAGCAGAGAUAACCAAGAGAAUAUAUCAACGUGGUGUAUAUCUGAAGAAAUAAAGGAAUAUAAUUUGGACAAUGUCGAAUUUGAACAUGAUGAAUUGAUUGAUGAUCCAUGUUAUAACAAUGAAAAAAUGCCUGAAGUCAAUCAAUUCAAGGAAGAUAUUCAAUAUGAAGAUCCAGUCGUACAUUGUCAGAAUUCUCAAGAUCAAUUUGAACAAAUUCUUCGUCAAUUUCAUAAAAUAAAUCACAAAUUAGAUGAUAUCUAUGAAUAUCUAUCAUCUGAUCGUAUAAUAAACAUCAUUCAACGUAAGUUCUUCAUAGAACUUCCGGAACCAUUAUCCAGCCGAACAUACUCAGCAUCCACUUCCAACGAGAUGCAUAAUCUCUUUGCUAUAUUUGGUUUACAAUUUGAGCAUGAUUAUAAAAGACUGUGGUCAGAAACAUUUCCAAAACUAAUUCGACCCUGUUUUCGACCAGGAUCCAUUCAAAUUGAUCUUUUUGGUUUUGCACAUCUUCGCACGAAUCCUUCUAUUCCUUCUAUUACAUCACCAAAUAUUGAUCCAAUAGAUUCAUACAAUUCAUAUACAGUACUAAAGAAGAAAACAAAAGAAUUUUGUGCGAACCAAAUUUUAAUAGGUGAAGUUACAACAUCUUGUCUAGAUUUUAAAGAUUGUAACCAAGAAUCAAUUGAACAAGAAUUACAUGAACGUGAAUUAAAAUUAUUAAUGUCAGCUAAUAAUCAAGAAUAUCUUCAUCAACAAACACCUAAAGUACAAAAACGUUCAGGACAUUCUGGACUUUCACUUUUACAUGCAGAACUUAAUGGUUCAACUACACUUUCAUCAACUACAGCAUCAAAUUUAAUUAGUCGUCCAACAUAUUUUCGUCAUUUAGUGUCUAUUUGUCGUGAACAAAAUUUACAUCAUCAACCGGCUAUUGAUCAUAAUUCAUCAUCAUCAACGAAUCCUAAUACUAUAUUACCAACAUCACCAACAUACAUAUCAGGUUCAACAAAUAAUAUACAUUCAUCAAAUUCAACAAUGAUGCAAAUACAUUCUGAUUCAUCAAAUAAUCAAAAUUUCUCGCAUAAUUUAUAUACAAAUCAAAGUACACUAGCAACACCAAAUUUAAAUCGACUUCAGACAUUAACUUGA